AUGUCUAUGGAAAGACGAGCAGAUACUCGCCGUGCUGACACGAGACGUGACAUCAGAUCUAUGUCUAUGGAAAGACGAGCAGAUACUCGUCGUGCUGACAGGAGACGUGACGUAAAAUCUAUGUCUAUAGAAAGACGAGCUGAUACUCGCCGUGCAGACACAAGGCGUGAUGUACUUAAAUCAAUGACUAUGGAAAGACGAGCUGAUACUCGCCGUGCUGAUACGAGACGUGACGUGAGAUCUAUGUCUAUGGAAAGACGAGCAGAUACUCGUCGUGCUGACAGGAGACAUGACGUGAAAUCUAUGUCUGUAGACAGACGAGCUGAUACUCGCCGUGCUGACACCAGGCGUGAUGAACUUAAAUCAAUGACUAUGGAAAGACGAGCUGACACUCGCCGUGCUGAUACGAGACGUGACGUGAGAUCUAUGUCUAUGGAAAGACGAGCUGAUACUCGCCGUGCUGACACAAGGCGUGAUGAACUUAAAUCGAUAACUAUGGAAAGACGAGCCAAUACUGGCCGUGCCGAUACGAGACGUGACGUGAGAUCUAUGUCUAUGGAAAGACGAGCAGAUACUCGUCGUGACGUUAAAUCUAUGUCUGUGGAAAGACGAGCUGAUACUCGCCGUGCUGACACCAGGCGUGAUGAACUUAAAUCAAUGACUAUGGAAAGACGAGCUGACACUCGCCGUGCUGAUACAAGACGUGACGUGAGAUCUAUGUCUAUGGAAAGACGAGCUGAUACUCGCCGUGCUGAUACGAGACGUGACGUGAGAUCUAUGUCUAUGGAAAGACGAGCUGAUACUCGCCGUGCUGACACAAGGCGUGAUGAACUUAAAUCAAUGACUAUGGAAAGACGAGAUGAUACUCGCCGUGCUGACACCAGGCGUGAUGGACUUAAAUCAAUGACUAUGAAAAGACGAGCUGACACUCGCCGUGCUGAUACGAGACGUGACGUGAAAUCUAUGUCUAUGGAAAGACGAGCUGAUACUCGCCAUGCUGACACAAGGCGUCAUGAACUUAAAUCAAUAACUAUGGAAAGACGAGCCGAUACUCGCCGUGCCGAUACGAGACGUGACGUGAAAUCUAUGUCUAUGGAAAGACGAGCAGAUACUCGUCGUGCUGACACGAGACGUGACGUGAAAUCUAUGUCUAUGGAAAGACGAGCAGAUACUCGCCGUGCUGAUACGAGACGUGACGUGAGAUCUAUGUCUAUGGAAAGACGCGCUGAUACUCGCCGUGCUGACACAAGGCGUGAUGAACUUAAACCAAUAACUGUGGAAAGACGAGCCGAUACUCGCCGUGCCGAUACGAGACGUGACGUGAAAUCUAUGUCUAUGGAAAGACGAGCAGAUACUCGUCGUGCUGACACGAGACGUGACGUGAAAUCUAUGUCUAUGGAAAGACGAGCUGAUACUCGCCGUGCUGACACAAGGCGUGAUGAACUUAAAUCAAUAACUAUGGAAAGACGAGCUGAUACGAGACGUGACGUGAGAUCUAUGUCUAUGGAAAGACGAGCAGAUACUCGUCGUGCUGACACGAGACGUGACGUGAAAUCUAUAUCUAUGGAAAGACGAGCUAAUACUCGCCGUGCUGACACAAGGCGUGAUGAACUUAAAUCAAUAACUAUGGAAAGACGUGCUGAUACUCGCUGUGCUGAUACGAGACGUGACGUGAGAUCUAUGUCUAUGGAAAGACGAGCAGAUACUCGCCGUGCUGACACCAGGCGUGACCAUCACCUGACGAAUUCUAUAGAACAUCACAGACUCUAUAUGCCACAAAAGGGGACAGAACAAGUUUCUCCUGUUAUGAAGACUGGUGGUGACGACACAGAUCAGAUGGGAUUCUUGGACCGAGGUGUAGAGGGGAACAUUAAGCUGAUGAAGAUCAACCAAAGACUGCUCGAUGCACCAACUACGUUCUGGUCCCUGGAUGCGGCCGCCGUUAUUCGAGCCCUGGUCCUUGGAACCGGUGCAUUUCUUGCCAACAGAAAACUUGCAAUGAAGGCUUUUUGA